AUGCAUACCGUAUUUAAAAGGACUCUAAUGGAUUCGUAUAUUAAUAGAUUACAAACUAAUUUCAAUAAAUUUUUGAAAACAAAGUUUUAUGUUAACGCAAACCAAAUACAAAUAUUGACAAAUCCUACAGAUUUUUAUAAUCAUUUGAAAUUUAAAAUACUUCAUUCAAAAGAUAGAAUUUUCCUAUCGUCACUAUAUUUGGGGAAAAAUGAAACUGAAUUGGUUGAAACUAUUUCGAAAGCUUUGAAUUCAAAUCCUAAUUUGAAAGUUUAUUUACUUUUCGAUGGACUACGCUCCACUAGAGAAAAAAACUUCUCUUCUGCCACCUUGCUGUCAAAUCUCAUUGCCAAACAUGAUCAUGAUAGGGUGUUUGUAUCACUUUAUUUCAAUCCUAGCUUUAAUUCCAGCAUUUGGAAAGAUAAAUUGAUUCCUAAGAGAUUCAAUGAGAUCUUCGGUUUACAACAUAUGAAAUUUUAUGGAUUCGAUAACGAUUACGUUAUGCUAUCUGGAGCUAAUCUGUCUGAUGACUAUUUCAAAAAUAGGCAAGACAGGUACUACUGUUUCCAAUCCACUGGGCUCAACAAUUAUUAUUUCAGAUUACAUAGAUUGGUGUCCUCAUUGUCUUAUAAAUUAUAUCCAAAUAAAAAUUCUAAAACUGGUUUCAAUCUUAGUUGGAAUUCAGAAACUGUUCCUGAGCCCAUUGCAUUGAAUAAAAGAAAGUUUCUAAAAUAUUCUUCAAAAUUACUAGAGAAUUUUAUGAAUCAAGAAAUCAAGCAGCAAGAUGAUGUCAAAAAUAAGGACACAAUAGUCUAUCCAAUUUCAUCAUUUGUCCCUUUGUUUCAUAAAUAUCAGGAUAAAUCAAAUGAAAAAAUCUCGAUAAUGUCAAUUUUUAAUACUAUCCAAAAGACUGAUAAUUUAAACUGGGUUUUUACUACGGGCUAUUUCAAUCCAAUCAAAUCUUUACAACGUAUUCUAAUUAAUUCUCAAGUAUCAAAUUCUCAUGUGAUAACUGCUUCGAAAUUUGCUAAUAGUUUCUAUCAAUCUCGUGGAAUUUCAAAAGAUAUACCCAACGCUUACCUUUAUUUAACAUAUAAAUUUUACAAAAAUGUGGAGCGCAAUGACAAAUUGGACCAAAUUCAUAUAAAAGAAUGGCAGAAUGGUAUAAUACACCAACCAAAUGGCUGGUCGUAUCAUGCAAAAGGUGUAUGGCUCUUAGAUCAAAUAAGUAAAAUGCCAUUUUUAACUGUUAUCGGCUCAUCAAAUUACACUAACAGAUCAUAUUCAUUAGACUUGGAGACAAAUUUAGUAUUAAUAACCACAGAUACCGGGCUACGUGAAAGGAUGAAUGAUGAAGUUCAGAAUAUCCUCAAUUAUUCGGAGGAUAUCCAGUUACGUAAACUAAAGAUCAAUAAUAAUGUUAAAAUUUUAACUAGUAUAUUUAAUAGAUUACUAUAG